CGGUAGAAUCGUUCAGACGCAUAGCUUAGCAGAGUGUAGUUCAGGUUUGGUGUUGCAAUGUAUUUGAAAGAGAUAAUAAUUAGUGGCUUUAAAAGCUACGUGCAUGAAACCGUUGUUGAAAAGCUCGACCCAAGACAUAACGUCGUGGUGGGAAGAAAUGGUUCGGGUAAAAGUAAUUUCUUCAGUGCAAUCGAGUUUGUACUUAGCGAUGAGUAUAAUAACCUGCGAAAGCCGGAACGCAAGGGAUUAAUCAACGCCCCAAGGUCUAGUGCAAGCAUUGCGUUUGUUGAGAUUGUGCUCGAAAAGACGCCAAUUUCAUCGGAAAACAAUCCAUCGGAAGUACGAAUUCGCCGAACUAUUUCGGUUUCUAAAGAUCAAUAUAAACUGAAUGGACGCAACGCAACACGCAAAGAGGUAGUGGAAAUGCUUGAUUCAAUCGGUUUGUCCACCUGCAAUCCGUACUACAUUGUAAAACAGGGCAAAAUCAACCAGCUGGCAAUGGCACGUCCAUCUGAACUGCUGCAAGUGCUUCUCGAGAUUGGGGGCAUACGGGUGUAUGAUGAGAAACUCAAGGAAACCAUGAAGCUCAUGCAAAAUACGGACAACUGCCUGAACCAAAUACGUAUUGAGUGUUCUUCGCUUGCUGAACGACUGAAAUUAUUGACCAAGGAACGAAAAGAGCAGGAAAAAUUUGAACAACUUGAAAAGAAACAACGCAUACUUACCUUUAUGGUGCUCCAAAAACAGCGUACAGUUUCUUCGAUUGCACUCCAAGAACUGCAACAAAUGGAAAAUGCAUGGGAGGAAAAACAGCGUUUAUACGUACUACAAAAAUCGGAAGCAUUGGAGAAUAUAAAUGAUUUGAAGAGGAACCGUAAAGAAAAUCAGAUUGCCCUUACAAACGCCCUAUCCCAGCAGGCCUGUUUGAAUGAAAAACAUUGUUCACUUCAGAAGCAAAAAGCUCAAUUGGAACUGCAGAUAAAAGAUCUGGAACAUAAACAGGCUUACGAAAGCUACGACCAGAAAAACAUUCAAACACAGUUGGAUACGCUGAAAGCAGAAAUAGCACAGGUGCAGGCAGACCUGAAACAAGUUUCGGAUGAAUUGAAAUUAACACAAGAACGAAAAGAUGAAUAUAAAUUUCAAUUGCUGAAGAAGAGCGAAAUGCGGAACGAAAUAAUAGACAAGCAACGGCGUGGCGUACAAUUUUCCAACCGUCAAGAUCGCGACCAUUUUCUUAAACAGGAGAUCGAUUACAUCCUGGGCCAGAUCGAUAAGAAACAUGAAAGUUUGAAGGAAACUAACAAAGAACACGACAUCGCCAUUGUAUCGCUGGAAAGUGAACCAAAUAAUGGAGCGCAGGAGGAGGCCGAGCUUACAUUACGGUUGAAGAAGGAACAAACGUACAGGGAACGCAUGAUGCAAAUAAAAAGCCGUUUGCAAGAAAGUAAGAUUCUGUUGGAGGAACUGUUUGCCGAUGAAAUUAAAUUGAAGGAAGACUUACAAUAUUUUGAAGCGCAACAUACAGAACAGAGGCAAAAGAUAAGAACCCAAAUUGGGGCGAGAGCAUAUCAAGGAUCGGAAUCAAUUAAAAAAAUAAUUGAUAUUAUUAAAACGCAAGCCGGAGAGAAUCACCCCGUGGUUAGUGGAUACUACGGUCAAGUUUGGGAAUCUUUUCAGUGUGAAGAGGCCAUUUACCAAGCGGUAGAAACAACGGCUGGCAACAAACUGUACUAUCAUAUCGUAGAAUCGGAUGCGGUCGCAAAUGACAUCAUCGCGUUGUACAAUAAGAAUAAGCUACCGGGUGAAUUUAAUUUUUUGCCUUUAAAUCGUAUGCAAGCGAAACCACUGGCUACAACGCACGAUAAAGAUAAUGCGGUACAGUCUUUAAUUCAUUUGCUCGAGUUCAAUCCUAAGUACGAGCUUGCUUUCCGGUACAUUUUUGGAAACACGUUACUGUGCGAUGGGUUGGAAGUAGCGGCCCGUGCUAGUAAGCAGUAUCGGCUACAAUGUGUCACCAGAGAAGGUGAUUUCAUUUCCAAUGGGAGCAUUACAGGUGGCUACCGGGCACCUGGGUCAUCAAAGAUUCGCCAAUUGUUGCAUAUGCGCGAAUUGAAUGAAAAGAUUUCUCUGUUGAAAAUCAGAUUACAGUCCACAUUGAAACACAUCAGGGAGAUUCAAACAUUUAUAGAUAACGAUGAAAGGCAACAUACAGCAGAGGAAACGAAUCUUCGCAGAUUGUCGCAAACUAUGGAACAGAUUCAAAUUCGCGUGAGUACGUUUUCAGAACGAUGUCGUACGCUGGAAGAGAAAUGUGAAGAGAAGGAACGUAAAAUACGUACUCUUAAAACCGAAAUUGAAAUUCUAUCAACAAAAAAGGACAGCCUCAAGCGUGAACUUUCUACCCAGUUUAUCAGUGUCUUAUCGGAAGAGGAUGAACGAAUUAUUGCACAAUUAGACAACGAAAUUAGAACCAUCCAACAGCAGCAGAACGAAGCAUUUAAUGCGGAGCUGCAUGUGCAAAAUCGAAAACACAAGCUGGAGAACAAGUUGAAUUCGAAACUGAUUCCCACGCGUGAUGCGCUGAUUGCUUCUCUGAAGUGUUUGGAUUACGCCACGCUUGGGCUGCAAAUGGAAUUGUUUCAGCAGCAGCAAGAUAAGUUGACUUCCAAGAUCAAUUCUCUCGUUCAGGAUAGCAACGUUACUGAAAAACAAGUGCAUGAAUUGAUGGACAUGGAUAAAAGGCUGAUCCAAAAAUUGGAUUACUGGGUUCAACAGCUUAAAAAGGCUGAGGAAGUAAUGGCCACCAAGGAUCUAAAUUUGAAAAUGCACGAAUCGCGCAAAUCGAGUAAAGAACAAGAAAUUUCCCAAUACGCUGAGCAAAUCAACGCACUGGGUGUUUUACCAGCAGUUGAGCCAAUUUACAUGAAUAUGUCACUACCAAAGCUAAUGAAAGAACUAGACCAGACGAACAAUCAGAUAAGCAAAUUUAGCUCAGUGAACAAAACAGCUGUUAAUGAGCAUAUGAGGGUUUCGCAGGCAUUCAAAGCGUUGAAUCAGAAAUUGAAGAAAACAGAAGAUUCUCGGGCACUGCACGAAACAACCAUUCAGCUAGCGCGAGCGCAGCGUGUUGACUGCAUUGAAAAUAUGUUUACCAGAGUGAAUGCAAACUUUAGCGCAAUAUUCUCUAAGUUCGUUCCCGCCGGCUGCGGAAAGUUGAUCCUGCAAACAAUGGAUAUUGUCGAGGAAGAGGACAACGUCCAGAACAGAAAUGAUGCCGUCCCGGAUCGUUACGUGGGGCUUGAACUUAAGGUUUCGUUUAUGGCUACCAAGGGAGCUUUAGUCGACAUGAACGCUUUAUCGGGAGGCCAGAAAACGUUAGUGGCAGUUGCGCUCAUAUUCGCUCUGCAGCAGUACAAUCCCGCCCCAUUCUACUUGUUCGAUGAGCUUGAUCAGGCGUUAGACAGCCAAUAUCGCAAGGUGAUUGCUAACGAAAUACAAACGCUAAGCGAAAAUUCGCAAUUCAUUUCGAUUACGUUUCGGCGAGAAUUGCUGGAGCAUGCGGACAAGUUUUUUGGUGUGCGAUUCCAAAACAAUAUUAGCCAUAUCGGUCCGGUAUCGAGAGAGCAAGCGUUCAAAUUUGUCGUCGAUGAUACGAUGCAAAAGUAAUAAUUUAAGCAUUUUCGAAAGUAAAUAACCUAACGAUAUGCCAUAGAUGAGGUAAUCAUUAGCGAUAGUUGCAGUUUGCUUAUAUAAAAUAUUGAAUACUACUACCGGUAGUACUUACUUAUUUCUAUAUAGAAGUUGUUAUUAAAUACCAAUGUUGUUUCUAUUCGUUUAGAUUCCAGCAUUCAUAAGGUAGAAUUUCAAGAACUGAUUAAAAAA